AUGCGCUGGUCUCGCUGCAAGCAUUGUGGCUCUCAGUGGACCCCGUUCCAGCCAUACACGCCCUCCUCCUUCGGCACGCCUGGUGGAGUCUGGUCAGCUGGCUUCAGCGGCAACCUGCCGUUCUCCCCUUUUGCUGCUGCUCAAGGGCCUCCAGGCACCUUCGCGCCCGGCGACAAUGGUGGUGGCAAAGGUGGCAAGUCACCAGGCGGUCCAGUCAAGCCAGAGACCCUUCUCUCUCGAGAAGAGCAUGCGUCUUUGGCGGAGUUGCUGGCCAAGGCUGGCGACGCGCUGGGAGCGGCCAAGCAUCGUGAGCUGGCCAAGCCACCACCUGCGGCCAAGGAGCCCACCCUGCAGCACCAGGUCUCCAUGGCCCACAGCAAGCUGCGCGGCCUCGAGCGGAAGUUGCAGGGCGCUGUUCAGAGGUACGAGGAGCGGUCGGCGCAGAUGGUGGAGCAGCGUGCAUUGGUCACCAAGUUCACUGAGGAAUGCGAGCAAGCCGACGUUGAGCAUCGUCGACUUGUGGCCGCACUUCAUGCUCAGACGUCAGCGGCCGACUUGCAGAAUGAGCCAGUGGACAAAGCCGUGCCAUGUUCGCUGUCUUCGAUCAUGGACGGGUCCUUCACUGACAAGCUGGUCAUCGACCCCUCGGAGCUGCUCGGUGGCGUCGAGGAUUUCGAGCUCUCGGAGGCCGACAAGGAGGAGCUCGAGAAGAGGGGCAACCAGCUGCGAGAGGGCAUCCAAAAGUUGGCACAGCGUCUUUUCGCGCAGGCCUCCGAGACUGCCAAGAAGAUCCAGGAGGCACACAAGGAGCAUCUCGGACGCCUGGCCAAGAAGAGGUGGAUGCUGAAGCUACCGCUUCUGCUGCUCUACGCCAGCGGGCCGCCAAGAUCAUUCAGCAUGGGCAGCCUGAACAAGACCCUCCCCUGCUGUCGCGUGAGCUUCAGCAGGGGGGCCUUCAUCGUGAACACGUUCAACCCAGCGGCUGGCAAGCAGAGCCCGCACCCGCUGAAGCUGCAGUCGACGCUCGCCCUCGUGGGUACCUUCAGCCUGCUGCUGACGGCCGCCGACGGCUUCCUGGCGCUGCACUUCGCUGCGCAGGGGGGGCACCUGGAGGUGCUCCGCGCGCUCGUGCGGCACGUCGGCUCCAAGGGCGAGCACGGGGCGAUCAAGAGGCACAUCAACCGGGUCGUGCACAAGGGCAAGAAGUCCGCUCUGCACCUUGCGGUUCUGAAGGACCACGCCGAUUGCGCCCGCUUCCUGGUGAUGAAGGGCGCCAGCACGGAGCUCCAGACCGCCCAAGGCCAGACCGCCCUGGACAUCUGCAAGUCCCCCGAGCUCAGGCGCGACCUCACUGGCGACGCGGCGGCGGCCAGCGCGGCUGACGAAGCGCGCGGCGGCCCCGAGGUCACCGCUUCGGAGGCCGAGCGGACCUUCCCGGCGGGGAUGGCCGAGCUGGCCGAGGUGCACUGGAGGUUCUCCGUCGAGGAGACGCCCGCGCUGGCCGCCUCCGACGGGCCAGUCUGGUGCGUGCUGUCCCACCGCGCGCCGGGCGCCGGCGCCGAGAUCCUGGCGCCGCUGUCGCUGACGCUGCAGCGAUCCACCUACCGGAUGCUGCUCUACACGCGUCUGUCCGAGGAGGGGCGGCUGCUGCCGGCGGACCAGCAGUGCCCUGCGUGCGGGCUCACGGUGCUGACCGAGACGGCCGACGGGCUGCUCCUCCUCGCCCGCCCGCCGGCUGGGGCCGGUCGGGAGCAGGCGUGGCGCGCCGUGCCCGCCGCCCGGGCGCUGGCCUCGGCGCUCCUGCGCGAGGCGGUGGAGGGGGCGCUGCGGCAGGAGCCGGGCCCCUCGCCGCUGCGUGCGCCGCCCGGCCUCGCCGGGGCAGCGGGGCGGCCGCUGCGGGCGCCUCCGGGCCUGGCCGGGGGCGAGGAGCAGCCGCUGCAGGGCUCGCGGGAGCACGGCACGGGCCGGUGCGUGCCCUGCUUCUGGCGCUGGAAGCCCCAGGGGUGCGCCUACGGCGCGAGCUGCGACUACUGCCACAGCUGCCCCGACGGCGAGGUGAAGAUGCGGAGGAGGGCGCGCGUGGAGAAGGUCCGUGCUGCCGAGGCACAGGCCGCGGGGCAGCCGCCGCCACAGGCUGGCGAGGCGCACGAGCUUCAGGCGGCCGCGCCGCCCCCGCCGCCGCCGCCGCCGCCGCCCGCGCCGCCGGCGCCGGCGCGCCCGCUGGCGUCGGUGGGCUCCGCGCUCCACGCCUCGGGCGGCUGCAGGCCGUGCUCCUUCCUCCACAGGCCCGCCGGGCGCCAGAGCUCGCAGGCGCAGAGUGCCGCCACUGCCACCUGUGCCCGGACGGCGAGAUCAAGGCGCAGAAGAGCAAGCGCGCGGGCAGCGGGGCGCGCGCCCUCGCCGGCCGGGGGCCGCCGGGCGCCGCCGGCGCCGGCGCCGCGCCGCCGGGCCACGCCGACGUGCGGCCGCCGCUCUGGCAGCUGCUCUCGCUGCAGCCUGCCCCUCCUGCAGAGGCAGCCGCGCAGCUCCUCGAGCCAGAGGCCGCGCUCCAAGGCUCCGCGGCGCCGCGCGCGCUGCGGCCUCACCCUCCGCCCCUGCCCGUGCUGCUGGGGGCGGCGCUGCCGCCGCCGGCGCGGCCGCCCUCCUCGGCGAAGGCGGCGCGGCCGGCGCCGCUGCCCUCCGUGGGCUCCGCCCUGCACGGCACCGGCAGCUGCCGGCCCUGCGCGUUCCUGUGGAAGCCGGCGGGGUGCGGCAAGGGCCAGGCCUGCCAGCACUGCCACCUCUGCCCCUCCGGGGAGCUCCAGGCGCGGCGGCUCGCGAAGCAGAGCAUGCUGCGAAGCGGAUCGCGGAUCGGCCAGGGUGGCGCCCCGCCCCCCGCCUCGCCGGGGGAGGCGCGCCUGUGGCACGCGGUCUGCCUGCAGCUGCUGGCCGAGCGCUCGCGGCUCCUCGAGCGCACGAGGCUCCUCGAGCGCUCCCGCGUCCUCUCCGAGCUGCCCCCGCCGCGGCCCGCCGUGCGCCGUGGGCUGUCCGGGACCCCCGAGCCGUCCGAGCCCUCCGAGCCGUCGGAGCCGUCCGAGUCGAUGUCGAUCGACCUGUCGGCGGAGCUGCGAGAGGCCAAGGUCGGCGGCGCCUUCCUGGAUGGCCUGUUGCUGGCGGGUCCCCCGCCGGGGCUCUAG